ACCCGGCUGUAAUAUGCCUCCUGGAAAUCUAGGUAUUCGUAAGUACAAAACAAUAUCUGAUGGUUUUUGCAAUCAUUGUGUAGGCGCAAAUCGUUUGAUAUAUUGGUAGCAAAUGUUCCUCUUGGAUUAACGCAGUAUUAUAUUCAACUACAGUGGAGGAUUUUGACGAAAAAAAGCGAUAGCGCAAGGUGAAAUGCGAAAAAAUCAUAUUUAUGGAGGUUUUGUUAUAGAAAAACGAUGAAAUACGAAUAUAACAAGACGGAAAGUCUGUGUAUAAUUGUGUUAAUCAGGAAAAACUAUUGUUUGAAUGUAUAACGAACUCUCAGGAAAAAAGUUGUACUUGUUUAAUACCGCUAGUAAAACUUGUAUUAGAAGGUUUUGUACCAUUAUAUCGACAUAAAUUGACGGAUAUUAAUUAUUCAAUAAAACAAGACUUACGCAGGAACACAAAAUUUUCUUGACAUAUAUAAAAAUACCGACGGAUAUUAAAAAUUGACUACAUAAGUAAUAAGCAGGAAAAAAACUUUCAUGAUAAAUAUAGAAAUAAAGUACAGGACCAUAUUUAAGCGAAAUAAAGACAUGAAAAUAAGUGUUUCUAGUAUCUUUGCUAGUAGUGACUAUAGUGUCUGACGUGAUAAACAUAAACAGAUGCAAAAUCAGACAACACGAACGAAAACAAACUUAAACGACACAGCGCGUGGUAAAAAUGUGAACAAUUAAAAUCAGCAUGAUAUGAGAGUAACGGCGUUAUUGUUUACAACAGAAGGACCUGUUCUUAAAACUUUAAAACAAUAUCAAUGCUCGUAUAUUUAAUAUGAACAAUUGAUAAAUAAAGGUCGGGACUUAGCCACGACCUCGACCAAUCCAGUGUUCUCGAGUUAUUGCCUUUCGAGUUAUCGCAGUUUUACUAUUGGAAAGUACAAUGAGUGUAGGUCCAGAAAGGAAUCUUGGAGACAACGCGACAGGGGGGCAGGGAGCAUUGAAGCCAUACCUGAAACGGAAAAAGUCGUCUCUAGGUGAGACCAAAAUAGCUGUCCUUGGAGCCGAGGGCGUUGGGAAAAGUGCAUUAUCGGUAAGGUUUAUUACGAAGAGGUUCAUAGGCGAGUACGACCAAACUGCCGAGUCGAAGUACAAAUACAGCACUGUCGUCGACGGAGAACAAAUGGCAUUCGAAGUGCUCGACACACGAUCAGUGAAUGAGGACUGUGGUGCACGGGAAGAUGUCAUGCGGUGGGCAGACGGAUAUGUGCUCGUGUAUUCUAUAGUGUCAAGGAAGUCAUUUAACCUGCUACAAGAGGUGCAGAAGAAGGUAGAGGAGUUCAAGAAAGGGUCAAACGUUCCAAUUGUUAUCCUUGCUAACAAAGCAGAUCUAGAACAUAUGCGUCAGGUGACAUCAGAGGAAGGUCAAACUUUUGCCAUUUCUCUCGGCUGUCCUUUUAUAGAGCUAUCAGCGUCAGAAGAUGUAAGUGACGUUACAGAUGCGUUUCAUGCGUUGUGCAGAGACAUUGUCGAAUACAAGCGUCGAUCUAGGACAUUCUUUGAUAGAGUGUUCGGAGCUUUUGGACGGGAAAAGGUGUCAUCUUAAUGUUGUAUGGGAUUCCAUGGUUUAGUGUAAAAAUAGCAUAAAAUGAUCAAAUGACUUUGGUAUUCAAGCAAUCCAGUCCCUUAGAGCAAAGCUUAAACUGACUUAGGAGCUAUCAAUUCAAGUUUUGUUUUAACAUAUUUAUUUUACAAUGACUAUGACAAUGUUUUUAUCACUCUCGUUGACACUACGAUGUUACACGAAAAAUUGGUCUGUUGUGAACGGAAACAGGUAAUCGGAGGAAACCCACUUGAUCGGCUUGGUGACCACAAACCAAGCUCACACGGUUUCUUCUUAUCUGCAGCCAGACUACACAUUCACGAUGGCAUAAAUGUUGAGUGUUCUACGAAAAAAAAGGUGUUGACUCGUCAAUGUUGCCUUAUUAAAACGACCAGAAAGACUCCAGUUGACACAUAUUGCAAACAGUAUUUGAAUUAUGCAUUUCGUUAAAUAUCGUGUUGCAAUAGGUAUGUGAAUUAUGUAUUUCUUUUAAUAUCGUAUUGCAAUAGGUAUGUGUAUUAUGUGAUUCUUCAAAUAUCUUGUUGCAAUAGGUAUGUGGAUUAGGUGAUUCUUUUAAUAUCGUGUUGCAAUAGGUAUGUGGAUUAUAUAGUACUUUAGAUAACAUGUUGUAAUUGGUAUGCUAACCAUAUGUUACUAUAAAUAAAAUGUUUUACAUAAGGAACCUGCUUAUACUGCACUUAGUUUUAAACACAUUGGGAAGUUUUGCCUGUGAUUUAAAAAUGUGAUUUCUUUAAUGGUUAUAAAACACCUACUUUGACGAUAGCUUAAAACAUUGGACGUACAUAGAUGACAUCUCAAGGCCCAAAUAUCUCGAAACUUCUUAAGCUUAACAGGCCUAAGUAGCUUAUUUCAAUCAGCCAAAAUACAGUUUUAAAUUGAAUUUUGAUUAACGAAAAUUGGAUUUAAGUGAUUAUAAUCGAAUAUUCCUUUCUUAUGUAUACUGAAUUCUUACAGAAGAAAAUAUUACGCAAAUUGAGUGAGCUAAACUUAAUCCUGUUAUGAGGGACUUGAUCGAAAUCACUAAUGAGAUCGAUGUCAAGAAUUGUGACAAAAACAGAUUGGCAAGGGACGGAACUCCCCAAGAGUACAAGUGAACACAAGACUGUUAGAAUACAAAUGUUUGUUUAUAUACAGUUUAACAACAUUAUAGUUCCGACGCGUAUAUAAGUGGUCGUGUUGAAUGAUUUUAUGUACUGCGUAAUGUCUUCUUUAAGUUAAAAAAAAACUUCUGUAAAUCAUUCUUUGUUAAAUUGGCUGUGUUGAAUGUGUUGUCAUGUAUUGCUUUAUGUCUAAUUUUAGUAAAAGAAUAUCCGGAAGUCAUUUUUUUCUAAGUGCUUUCAGGAUAUGUAUUACCAAUUUUAUAAACAAUGCAACACAUGAAAUGUUUGAAUGAAUCUUCAGCAAAUGUGUGUUAUGAUGAGUGAAAAAUUGUUUUGUAUGCUAGGGAAACUGAAUGUGUUAUAAUGUUAUUUAUUUCUUAGAUAUUAAUUUUUGUAGUGAGUGUUUUUAAAAUCAUACCGUUUGUUAUUGUUAACAUUUUGAUUUGUUCUUCAUUCUAAUAAAUAUCAUUCAGAUUUGAUGAAUAUUUUGUUUGGGUUUAACUAUGUC